UCCACGGCGCGCUCCCAUUGGCCGCCCGGCCGUCAGCUGGUGCUAUUUGCUGCUGUCGCUUUUGGCGCUCGGCCAUCCAGAAACAAACCAGUUCGAUGACUACUAAUAGUUAUAGCCAGAUGUACUAAUACACAACAAAUCACAGUCCUGGAGAGGGGAGAGCAAAUGAGUUCCUAUUUUGUGAAUCCCACUUUCCCUGGGAGCUUGCCUAAUGGGCAGGAGUCUUUCCUCGGGCAGAUCCCCCUCUACCCAGCUGGCUAUGAUGCUCUGAGGCAUUUCCCAGCUUCUUAUGGGGCAGCAAACCUCCAGGACAAGGCUUACACCUCACCUUGUUUCUACCAGCAGUCCAAUACGGUCAUUGCUUGCAAUCGGGCAUCCUAUGAGUAUGGAGCCUCUUGUUUCUAUUCAGACAAGGACCUAAGUAGCGCCUCUCCCUCCGGCAGUGGCAAGCAGAGGGGCCACGGGGACUAUCUGCAUUUCUCUCCCGAGCAACAAUACAAAUCCGACAGCGUGCAAAGCAAAAUUCUACAUGACGAAGGCAGCGACCGGAAGUACUCGAGCCCUGUUUAUCCCUGGAUGCAGCGGAUGAACUCCUGCGCUGGUACAGUAUAUGGAACACAUGGGAGACGGGGGAGGCAAACAUACACCAGAUACCAAACGCUAGAGUUAGAAAAGGAAUUUCAUUUUAACAGAUACUUAACCAGAAGACGACGCAUUGAGAUUGCAAACGCCCUCUGCCUUACUGAACGACAGAUUAAAAUAUGGUUUCAAAACAGGCGAAUGAAAUGGAAAAAGGAAAACAAACUCAUAAAUUCCACACAGCCCAGCAGCGAAGAAACAGAGGAAAAGUCAGGGGAGUAGAAUAAUAUUUAAUAAAAGUUUCCAGGCCUUUC